AUGCACAGCAGGGGCUCGUUCUCUGAGGUUCGAAUGGCUCAGCACAGAUGCACUCAGAAGGUAGUGGCUGUCAAGUGCAUCCGCAAGAGAGCGCUAAAAGGAAAAGAAUCCAUGCUGGAGAAUGAGAUUGCAGUAUUACGCAGAAUAAAUCAUGAAAAUAUAGUGUCUUUGGAGGAAACCUUUGAGACUCCUACUAAACUGUAUUUGGUAAUGACACUGUUGACAGGAGGGGAACUGCUGGACAGGAUUCUGGAGAGAGGCAGUUACACAGAGAAAGAUGCCAGUCGUGUGAUAUAUCAGGUGCUGCAGGCAGUGAAGUAUCUGCACCAGCUGGGCGUUGUGCAUCGAGAUCUAAAGCCAGAGAAUUUAUUGUAUGAGACUCCAUUAGAAGACUCCAAAAUUGUCAUCAGUGACUUCGGUCUGUCUAAAAUGGAAGAGCAGGGUGCUCUUUCCACGGCCUGUGGGACACCUGCCUAUGUUGCUCCUGAACUUCUACAGCAGAAAACAUACGGUAAAGAGGUGGAUCUCUGGGCCAUUGGGGUGAUUGCAUUCAUUCUACUCUGUGGCUACCCUCCGUUCUAUGAUGACAACGAUACACAACUCUACAAGCUGAUCAUAAAGGCCGAAUAUGAAUUUGAUUCGCCAUACUGGGACGACAUCUCUGACUCCGCGAAAGACUUUAUAGUUCACUUACUGCAGAAGGAUCCAGCAAAGAGGUUCAAUUGUGACCAGGCCUUGCAGCAUCCUUGGUGAGUCCAUAAAUAGCAGGAAAGAGGCGGACGGGGAGCUGGAGGGUUGAAAAGAUAGGCUGACCUUGAAGAACAGAUGAAGAGUUGGGUCACAUCUGUGCAGCGGCGUGGGAGGGUGUGUGGAGACAGGAAGAGGAUUAUGAAAUAUAGAAUAACCAGAUGUCUCUUCACCUGCAGCACUCUGAGAUCUUUAAG